AUGAAGAAUUCAGCACGGGCGAUCGUAAAAUUGAUGCAGCUGGAAUACUUUCCUAGAGAGAUCUUGGCAUUGUCGACUGAGAAAGGAGUAAAGUCAGGCAGCAGACUAGUGAAUCUUUGCCCGGUAUUGAAAAACGGCGUCCUGUGUGUUGGCGGCCGACUUCGACACGCCCCAUUAACAUCCGAAGCCAUCAAUCCAAUGAUUGUUCCCAACGAGCAUCACAUCGCCGCAUUUAUCAUUUCUUAUUUUCAUCACGUCCUAGGUCACGCUGGUCGGGAACAUGUACUGUCAGCUGUUCGGCAGAGGUACUGGAUACUAAAUGCACGUGCACUAACUCGUCAAAUUCUUCGCCAGUGUAUAACCUGCCGUAACAAUAACGAAUCACCAAUGACGCAGAAGAUGGGCGAUCUCCCUGGCGCCAGACUCACUCCAUACGAACCACCUUUUACUUUUACUGGUUUGGACAUUUUUGGCCCGUUUACUGUGAAACGGGGACGUAGUUCGUAA